CUUCCCAACUCCAUCUCCUCUCUCCCAGCCUCGCUUCUCAUCUGAUGUUUUCCUUUUCUUCUCUUAAAAUUUGCUUUACUUCCUCUGAAUAUACAUAUUCUAUUGCACCCGAGUUUGAUUUCUUCGAGAGAAUGUUACGUGCGGAUCAUUUAAGAGCCUAAUACUUGUGGGUAUUUUCGUUCAUAAGAGUUGCAUGCAAGCUGUUUGUAGAAAUUCCUAAAAGAGAGUUUUGACAUUUUUCCUCCCCUUGUCUCUGUUCGAUUCGAUUACUUGAUGUCUGAAUAAUAAUAUCACGUUGCUGUUUCACUGAGCUUCUUGAAAUGUGGGGUAAUGUGCAUCACAUAAGAAGGCAUUUAAACUCUCAAAUCUGUUUCAGGGCAAAUCAAGGUCGCUUCUUCCGUUCAAUCCAGGUUUUGUAUCAUUCUUCGGUUGGUUCCGACAGAGAAGCAUUGCCUUAUGAAUGGUACGAGAGGAAACUCCCAGUUCUGACAAAACUAACCCGUGCAUUGAGAGACUUCGAUUUAGUCGACGGGAAGCUCGAGGACGUCAAUGGUGUCAUCAUCUAUGAUGAUUGUAUCAAACAGAAAAUGCAGGCCUUUAAGUCUCUGGCUAGAAUAUUCAUUGGGUCUCCUUCAAUUCAGCAGAAGCUCAGAGCACAGGGACGCUUCAAGUUUCCAAUUUUUGGGACUGAUAGCGAAAGAGAGCCAUUGUUGGUGAAUUCGUUGACAAAAGUUUGCAACUUUCUUAACAUCUCGGCGCAACAGCGGAAGCUAGUGAGAUGCACCGUGUGUUCACAGGUUACUCAGUAUCGUAUAUGGAGAGGUGCUCUUGAAGAUAUACUGAAUGGUCUCAAGGAAGAAGUUGAUUGGUUGGUUGAACAUAGCGAGACGAGGCAAGGCACAAAGUUGGGCCAGCAAGUGAUAUUGUCUUGCCUCAAAUUCUUAUCUGAAUCAUCAGUUUCAUAUGAGGCUGAGAGCUCAACUUCAUGGAUGCGACCUGUCCCAGCUAGAUACGCAAAAGCAAAUGCCUCUGCAAAAUGGGAAGACGUUCUUGACAUGGUCAAUGAUCUGAGAAGGUAUCUCCAAGAUGAUGAAGGAACUAAAGUACUCUACCAUCUGGAAAAGCUUGUAUCGAUGAAAGAAGGGCUUCUACAGAUCAAAGAUGUGUUUUUGGACAACAAUAUCGGUUUCAGAGAAGUUAGACAUCAAGAGCACCUUGUGCACAGAAAGCUUUCAAAGAUGUUGGGCAGUCCUUCGCCAUGUUUGUUCAAUCUCGUCAUGUAUUUCCUCUACGGCCGUGUGCGUGACAUCGAAGUUGAUCUCUGUGGAGCGUUUUACAAGGAGAAGAGCGAGUUCCUGUGCUUAAGCAUGGGGAGGAUCUUGACGUCAACUGAUGAGAAAACGUUGGCGAGAGGGAUGAAGCAAUUAGAUAGAGCCUUAGGGCUCUUUGAGUUUGUGUGGGAAACAGCAGGAAUGAAAGAGACUCUCAACCUGCAAGGACAUUUGUGGUGCCUUGGAGCCGAAGAAAGGUCCAUCAUAUACCGCGGGAAAACAUUCUUCCUGCAUGACCUUAGCCUAUGAAGUUUUGUGAGGAAAAUACAAUAGUUGUACAUUUGUUUGUUUCUCUAGGCUUCGAA